AUGCAGAACUCUCCUCGCUCUGGAUCCUUCGAACGUCGCAGUUCUGUCCAUGAUAGAAUGCCAAGCCCCUCUCCCAUCCGAUCGCCACUGUCUAGGAGCCGUACCCCUUCACCCUCGCGUGGUCGAUCACAAGCACCUCGUGAGAGGCCUUCAUCUCGCAUGGUAUCGCGCUCUAAAUCACGAGCAAGACUCUCGUCUCGAUCCAGCUCUCGCUCACCAUCUCGUCGCUCCAAGCGCAGCGACAACCAUCAUCACCAUGGGCUCUUCAAGACCACAGCUGGCCUCCUAGCUGGUAUUGGCGUCGCUGCUGUUGUAGCCCAUAAGGUCUGGCCCAAGGGUGUUCUGUACGGUGAUCAUGAAGACUGGGAGCAUUCUUCCAAGCAUCACCGGUCAGACCGUCCUCACCAUCGCCGUCGCCGCUCACUCGAGAAUGGUGAGCGUGUGGUUGAGCGAACAACUCGACGUCGUGGCGAUGCUGUCUACUACGAAGAGGUUGAUCGCAGGCGACCUCAGAACUUUGAGCGAAUGCCACGGCCUGAGUAUGAGAGGAUGAGGCAGCCUGUUGAGCGAUUGCCAUAUCCUGCUGAUGAUCACUAUGUUCAGCCCCAACCAGUCUAUGCUGAGCGGAGGAGGACCGUGGUCCAGCCUGCCCCAAUGCACCCUGAGUGGUGGCAUAGCCUGACAAUGGGAUGA